UUGGCCGUUCGUCGCAAGAAGACUACCAUUUUUCUUAGCUUGAAAGAAAAUGCAGAGGUCUUGGAGGUUAAGCAGAUGAUCGAAGGGAUUUUAAAGGUGCCUCCAGAAGACCAGGUGCUAUUGUACGGUUCCACCGCUAUGUACGAUCACAAGUCUUUGUCAUAUUAUGGUCUCACUGAUCUGACUGCCCGCGCUCACAAUCCUGCUAUUCUUGGACUUUGUCUUCGUGAUUCUGAAAGCGGUCAGUUUGAACCUCUUGAUAUAACGCCAUACUCGAAGCCUCCGGAGUUGCCAGAAGUAAUGCGUUGUCAAGAGAACCAACCCCCAAGAAAUACGUCAGCAGCUGGGGUCUCGGCUGCUAACACUACUACUGCAGCGAAUUCUGCGAAUCAAGCCGAGACGACUGCAGCUUCUAGACCUUAG